AGGCAACUCUUCAUCUCCUUUUCUACCCAAAAUUAACCAGUCUAUCAUAUUAUACACCAAAAGAACCAGCAGAACACACUCAGCAUUCAAUAAUCACGACUGAUGGCACAAGGUAUAUUAGCAUGCACCACUUGCGGUAGCAGCCGAGAACAAUACGACGGUCGGGGCAACGCCGUGACAAUCGGCGCUGUCACCCCGCACUAUCGCCGUGCUGACCGAGGAGAAAUGGGGGGAGGGGGAAGUAUAUAGAGGAAAUGAUCUUCUGGCCCAAGAGUCUGUCUCCGGAUUUGCCACGAACUCAUUGCUAUUGGGAAUAGAAAUCAAUCGUCUUGGUCGGCCAUCAUGUCGCAAAACUUCAACAUCCUUGUCCUUCCCGGUGAUGGAAUUGGGCCCGAAGUCAUGGCCGAGGCGACCAAAGUCUUGCAAGCCUUUGAAACCCCGACUCGCCAGUUUUCUCUACGCUCGGAGCUCAUCGGCGGCUGUAGCAUAGAUGCCCACGGGAAGUCUGUCACGGAGGAAGUCAAGCAGGCGGCGCUGGAGUCCGACGCGGUGUUAUUUGGUGCCGUCGGCGGACCGAAAUGGGACAGCGCGAGACGCGGGCUCGACGGGCCCGAAGGUGGGCUCCUACAGCUUCGUAAGGCAAUGGACAUCUACGCGAACCUGAGACCCUGUUCGGCGAGCUCGCCCAGCGAAUCAAUCGCGAGGGAGUUCAGCCCGUUCAAGGAGGAGGUCGUUCGGGGAGUGGACUUUUUGGUGUUGAGAGAGAAUUGUGGGGGGGCCUACUUUGGAAAGAAGAUCGAGGAAGAGACAUACGCCAUGGAUGAAUGGGGAUACUCGGAGGCCGAAAUCCAACGCAUCACCCGCCUAGCCGCGCAAAUCGCCAUGCGGCACGAGCCAGCCUGGCCGGUCAUCUCGUUGGACAAGGCGAACGUUCUCGCGUCUUCGCGGCUCUGGCGGCGCGUGGUCGAGCGGACAAUGACGACAGAGUUCCCCCAGGUGAAGUUCAUGCACCAGCUUGCGGAUUCGGCCUCGUUGAUCAUGGCGACCAAUCCACGCGCCUUGAACGGCGUGAUCCUCGCAGAUAACACCUUUGGCGAUAUGCUUUCCGACCAGGCGGGCUCCAUCAUCGGGAGUCUAGGAGUCCUGCCUAGUGCGAGUCUCAACGGCCUACCCGGUGAUGAAAGCUUGAAGACUCGGCCAUACGGGCUGUACGAGCCAACGCACGGAUCUGCUCCAGACAUCGCCGGCCAGAACAUCGCCAAUCCCGUCGCUAUGAUCCUGUGCGUGGCGUUGAUGUUCCGUUACUCCCUGGGGAUGGAAAGAGAGGCGAAACAGAUCGAGGAUGCCGUGAGGGCCGUACUGGAUUCAGGCAUUCGGACGCCAGACCUGGGAGGGAAAUCGGGAACAAAGGAUGUGGGGGAUGCUAUUGUUGCUGCGUUGGAGAGCUAGACACAUCUAGGGGUACCCAAGCUUAGACACAAGCCCGAUAUUUUAUUCUUAUAUAUAUACUUAUAGGUAUGAGUCAUUCCUUUCCUGGUCUCUAUAAUUCAUUUUAGGCAUUGAAC